AUGGAUCCUUCUUCAAGCGGUGGAAAAUUGCUUGGAUUUCGGCAGAUAGCACAGGAAAAGUUGCAGCAUGUGUUCUACUCCAUCCCAUCGGAGAAGGACCUCAUCAUUGAACCGUCGCUCAUCAAACCACUGGAACAUGUGUGCGGUGCAUCUUGGCUGAGGAAAAAAGGUAUCGAUAAAAUAUUCAAAUUCGAUCCAAAAAAUCCUCCCCCGAAGCGAAAACAGUUCGUCUACUUCAUUGCAUCGAAUCUGCUUACGUUCAAGAGCGUACUCGAUCAAAUCAGUGGCUACCAGAGCCAAACGAGCAGUCUGAUGGAGCCGGAUAUUCGCAACAAGCAGUACCACGUGCUGGUACUCCCAUCGGUACUGGCCAGCUUCGAGCAUUUGCUCGAGGAGGAAGGUCUGCACGGGAUAGUGGAGCUGUACAAUUUCCAGUGGGAUUUUCUCCUACUGGACGAAUCGCUACUCAGCCUCGAGCUACCGAACGUGUUUGCGGAUGUGUUCGUACGGAAGGACACCACACCUCUCGGUUCCAUCGCGCAAAGUAUACGCAUUUUUAAUCUCAUCAUGGGCAAACCCCAUCUGGUGUUUAGUUUGGGCGAGAAUGCGGAGAAAAUACUACAAAUGGUGCAGCGUAUGGAGGCAAACCGGCGAACUGUGGUGACGGGCAAGGAGGGCCCGAACAGACCGGAACAGCCGGGUGACAAGGAACCAGAGUACGCGGCAAUGCUAAUACUGGACCGGGAUCGAGACUAUCCCGCUUGUUUGCUAACGCCGGUCGUUUACUGUGGACUGCUGCUCGAAAUUCAGACACUUAAUUCCGGCUCACUGGUGGUGGAUGGGGACAGCAACAAAAUCAAGGCAGGAAGGUUGGCUUUCUUACAGCAAACGCAUCAGCAACCUCCUCCACCAAAGCAGGAAGCAACCAGUUUGCGUAUGAGUGGCGCACAGGACAUGAUCUAUCUCGAGCACCGAUAUCGGCACUUCUCCGAAGUCAUCAGUCUGCUUAGCUCGCAGGCCAAAACGCUCGGUCUCGAAGGGAAAGCAUACUCGCGCGAAAUGAAGCUUCACGAAAUGAAGGACUACGUCACGAACAAGCUACCGAAGGUAGCGGCCGCCAAGAAGGAACUGUUCAAGCACCUUCGGCUGUGUGAAACGAUCGUCGAGGAAAUUGGUGCCAACUUUGAGAAGCAUCAAAUGAUCGAGGAAAGCAUCCUUACCAAUACGAAUCGAAAGCAGAUCAUGAACUACAUUCUCGAACUUUUGAGCAGCGAUGCUCACCAGUACAACACGCUCCGGCUAAUCUGUCUGUACCAUGUAACGAUCGGGCUGACCGGUGAAGAUAUGACCAAGCUAAUGACCGGCUAUCUGAACGCAUUCGGAUACCGUCAUCUGAGCCUGUUUCAUAAUCUGUUCCAGGCACGCCUAUUCCCAGACACAACAAAUCUCAGCAAAACGAAGAUUCUCGCACAAAUCUCUAUUCCCACCCUGAAGACACCGUUCCAGAUUGAAGCGAACAAACUGAAACAAUUGCCAACGGUUUCGAACGAUUCCGUCCCGACAGCAACCGCCGGUGCUGCUGGGAGUCGUACCGAUCGUACCGAGGUGACAUCGGGUGGGAAUGUAGGAAAAUCUUGCCCUAGUUACGUGUUCAACGGUAAUUACAUUCCACUCAUCACGCAACUAACGCACAUGAUAUUCGCUGCGUCCAGUUUCGACAAUCUAAACACCCGAUUGGGCCAUCUCGAACGGUUGAAGGUUUCGGGUCGUGUACUGGAGCAAGGGCAUCUGCACGGAGGAUCGAUCGAUGCGUUGAUCGCACCUAAAACGAUCAAGGAACUGUCGGCCAGCAGUCAUAAGGCGGCACUGAAUCAAUUGUUUCCCUUCAAGGAGAAAACGAUGUUCAUCUUCAUCGUUGGUGGAAUAACGUACGCGGAGAUUGCGGCGUGCCAUCUGCUGGAGCGGACAAUCGGGGCAAAAAUUGUACUUUCCUCCGAUCGCAUCAUUGCGGGACACGAUCUGAUCGAGAGUGUGGUUAAUUGCUAG